GCAUUUUGUAUCUUGGCGCGUCGUCCUCCACCGCCGCCUCCAACGUCGUUCCGAAGAUGAAGUUUUCGUACGAGUUCAGCCACCUCUGUGGGACAGUGUACACGCAGGGCAACCUGGUGUUCACACCCGACGGCAACUCGUUGCUCAGUCCAGUGGGCAAUCGCAUCACCGUGUUCGACUUGAUCAACAAUGCGUCGCGCACGUUUGCGUUUGAGAGCCGCAAGAACGUCCAGACGAUGGCCGUGUCACACGAUUCCCGCUUGCUGAUUGCCGUGGACGAAGAUGGCCAUUCGCUCCUUGUGAACCUCAAGAAAGGCAUUGUGCUGUAUCGGUUCAACUUUAAAGCGCCCGUGCGCGCGCUUCGGUUCAGCCCAGACAACCGCUUCCUUGCCGUGUCCCAUGGCACGAAGGUCCAACUUUGGAAGGCGCCGGGGCUGAAGCGCGAGUUUGCGCCGUUUGUGCAUCACCGCACGUACGGCGGACACCACGGCGACGUGCUGUCGAUCGAGUGGUCGCCCGACUCCAAGUUCUUCCUCAGUUCCGCCAAGGACUUGUCUGUGCGGCUGUGGUCUGUCCAGCCGUACCCCAACUUUACGCCGUACACGUUAGUCGGGCAUCGCGACGUGGUUAUUGGCGCGUUCUUUUCUGCCGACGGCCAAACCAUCUACACGGUCGCGCGGGACGGCGGCGCAUACCUGUGGGAACACGACGGGGGGGUUGCUCCAGUCGAAAAUGACCAGGAAGAUGCGAUCAUUCCGGUCGUGGCGCGUGGGGUCAAGUGGUCCACCAAGCACAAACACGUGUUCAAAAUGGAAUACGCCAAGGUGGACUGCGUGACCUUUCACGCCGACACGGAGCUGCUCGUCGUCGGCUUUGGCAACGGCACGUUUGGCUUGUACUCGCUGCCCCACUUCCAGGACAUCCACACACUCAGCGUGUCCCAGCAUCGCAUCAGCGCCGUGGCCAUCAACUCGUCGGGCGAGUGGCUCGCAAUGGCGUCACAGCACCUCGGGCAACUGCUCGUGUGGGAAUGGAAGUCCGAAACGUAUGUGCUCAAGCAGCAAGGCCACUACUUUGACCUGAACGUGCUCGCGUACUCGCCCGACGGCCGACUCCUUGCCACGGGCGCCGACGACGCCAAGCUCAAGCUGUGGGACACCACGUCUGGCUUUUGCUACGUAACGUUCCACGAACAUGCGGCCCCCGUCACGGGCGUGGCGUUCACCGCCAACGGCCAGGCCGUCGUGAGCUGCUCACUCGAUGGAACGGUCCGCGCGUUCGACUUGAAUCGGUACAAGAACUUCCGCACCCUCACGACCCCCAACCCCGUCCAGUUUCUCUGCCUCGCACUUGACACGAGCGGCCAGCUCGUGUGCGCCGGCACCCUCGACCCGUUCCACAUUUACGUAUGGUCGAUGCAAACUGGCCGGCUCACGGAUGUCCUCAGCGGCCACACGGCGCCCAUCACGUCGUUGGCGUUCUCGCCGUCCACCACCGAGGAGCUGCUGCUAGCGUCUGGGUCGUGGGAUCACACUGUGCGCGUGUGGAAUGUGUAUCAGAACAAGCCGUUCAUUGAGCCAUUGGCCCACUCGAGCGAUGUCUUGGCGGUGGCUUUCCGGCCAGACGGCAAGCAAGUGUGCAGUGCCACGUUGAACGGCCAUUUGAACCUGUGGACGGUUGCAGACGGCGAGCUCGUGGGGGAAAUCGACGGCCAGAAGGACGUGGCCGGCGGCCGCCACUCGUCGGACGCCAUGUCUGCCGCCAACAACACCAGGUCCAAACACUUUACGUCCGUGUGCUACUCGGCCGAAGGCACUUGCAUCUUGGCGGGCGGUCAGUCCAAGUACAUUUGCAUCUACCAAGUGUCGGCGAAGACGCCCAUGCUACUCAAAAAGUUCCAGCUGAGCCAAAACCGGAGCUUGGAAGGCGUGCUCGAUCGAUUGCACUCGGGCGAGAUGACAGAAGCAGGCGCCAAGUCGCAGCUCAACCUCGACCUCGACCCGCUCAGCGCGUCCACCGCUGUUGACAACCAAUUGGUCGGCGCCAAGCGCGCCGUGGACCCAGGCGCCCGCCGCCAGGGCAUGGAGGUGCUGUCCAAGGCCGUGCUGUUCUCCCCCACCGGUCGGUCAUGGGCUGCCGCCACCACCGAGGGGCUGUUGAUCUAUAGCUUGGAUGAAACGCUCGUGUUCGAUCCGUUCGAGUUGGAUGAAGACAUCACCCCCGACACGAUCAAGCGCACGCUAGCCCGGCAAGAGUUUACCAAGGGCCUGCUCAUGGCCCUGCACUUGAACGAAGAGCUCUUGCUAAGACUGUGCCUCGAAAGCGUACCCGUGGACAGCAUCCCCCUCGUCGCCCAGGCGUUGACAGACACGUACUUGAAGCGGCUGAUGGCGCUGUUGGCCAAAGGAUUGAGCAUCAGCCCUCACUUGGAGUACUACCUUACGUGGACUUUGGCGAUUCUGAAUGCGCACGGCCCAAUCAUUGACGCACACUCGGUCGAGUUUUUGAGUACGCUGCGGGCGCUGCAGAAGAGCCUCGUGAUCCACUUCAACGACCUCUCCCGUGUGUGCAAUGACAACCAGUACACCCUCGACUAUUUGCGAAACCUGAGCCAGUUCAAACUCAAGCACGAAGGUCGACGCGACGACGACGACAACCAAUAACCAUAGACAACGUGUAAUAAUCCUACUAAAUAGUUAUUUCUGCUCUCUCUGACGUCGUCUACACGAGGUCGAGUGUGUGGAAGUACAAGCU